CAUGGCAGCCCUGGGCGCCCUUAGGUGGAAAUACCCGAUUUCAGCUUGCUGGGGGGUGGGCCGCUUCCCGGUACAAGAUCUUAUUUGAGGGGCCCGUUGGUAGGGCCUGGUUUCUAGGGGACCGCUUCAUGCGUCAGACUAUGGGCUACCCCGAGCAGAGUGUCCCCGCAGCACCUCCGGUCGACAUGCGGUCCACUGAGGGGCUCACUCCCCAAGAUGUUGAGUCGGCCAUGCUGGGCACUGAUGUACUUCUACAUUUGAAGGAGGGAGAGUACGCGACCUACCGUCAUACAUACUUGAUGCCUCCAUUGGCAGGUGUUCGUACCCCCACGAGGAGACCUGCUGGCAUGCCAUCAUUGAGCCGGGCCCGAGCUGCAGAUAUCCCUUCUACCAGUAAGGCCUAUACAUCUAGAGGUGGGGCUGGACUGGUUCCCCCGAUUCCCCCAACGUAUCAUCAGGCCAUAUGGCCAGCUAUUCCGACUGAGUUGGCAGGAUGGCGAUACGGGACUUCAUACCCGAUUCCGAUAGAGCCCCCUAUGCCCGAUCAUCGAUACGUCAAUGAUCCUGACUCACCACCGCCUACCAGGGAGUAUACGGAGGGGUUACUCGGGUUAGUAGCCUCACUCGAGGGCAUGGUCCUGCGGAGAGAGACGCAGUUGUCCAUUGUCGGUGUCCCGAGCACAUCUGACACACCACAUUUAUGUACUGUAUCUACAUACACCCACCCCUCGUAG